UGUAAUCGGGACGCCUCUCCUUCUCGCUCUCUGGGCAGACUCCAACUGCUGCUUUCCCUGGUUAGUUCCCUUCGGGUUCUGGAAGUUGUUACCCGAACAUGUCGGCCUUACCGGACCAUGGAGAUGGGCUCUCUAUGGAGGACCAGAGAAGGCGGAGCGCGGCGCAGACCUUCCGCGGGGAUCUGCACUCAGUCCGGAUGGAUCCCAGCCGGACCCAAACACGCCCUCCAAACGAAGCCGUGCUGCAGCGAUCCCAUGAUCCGGCGAUCCCAGCUCCUCAGUUGGACGACUGCGAGAGGAUGGGGACUCUGUUUGGGAUGAUCAACAAGUGCCUGCGGGGCGUGGGCUUCAACCAGGUCUACUUCGGGGACCGGACAGUGGAGCCAGUGGUGGUUCUGGUCUUCUGGGUACUGCUCUGGUUUCUGGGUUUCCAGGCUUUGGGAUUGGUGGGAACUCUGUGCAUCAUCAUCAUCUACAUCCAGAAGUGAUGAUCCGAGAGGAGCUGCUGGGUUCUUUCGGUGCAGACUGGUUUUAUGCUGAUGGCGGGUCGUAGUCAGAUGUUUUGUGGAGCAUCGCUAGUGGAAGUUUGAAGUUAUGUAAGGUGGAAAUAAACCCUCAUCUGCGAACGUUUGGGUUUCCCCCUGGACAAUCAAAUGGAGCUGUUAUUUCCUGCUUUAAUUAUAAUAAUCGAAGCUCUGUGCAUUAACAGCCAAAGAUGAUCAUUUCCUCCAAACACCCUGAUCAUUUCCUGUUUCCUAUUUAAUGACUAAACUGGUCACCUGGUUUGCUUUUAAAAUAUUUGCCUUCACCUUCCGUUUCUGAUUUCCAGUGAUCAUUCCGGCAUAUUCCAGAAAAUAUUCGGUCCAGUUUACGUUUCACCAUGAUGCCCCUAUCACCCUCCAUCCAAUAGAUUCACAGAACACUGUUUGUGUUCAGGAGCUUCACUGCAAAAACACAAAAUCUUACCAGGAAUUUUGGGUCUAGUUUUUAGUGCAAAUAUCUUUGUACACUCGAA